CUACAACUUCUUCCUUUCUCUCACUAUGCCGGAAGGUCCAGAGGUCUCCGCUUUUGAAAUAAUUAUACGAAAAGCCAGAAAUGAACACUGGAGACGGCAUAACACCCCUCUAGAAGCUGCUCCGGUUAUAUUUUUCAGCUCCCUCGCGCAAGGGACACCAAAAAAGGACUACACCUCUCUUUUCUCCAAUUCAAAAGAUUACUCCCUUUCUUCUGAACCACAGGAGCCAAGCACCAUGAUGGACAGAUGGGAUCAUGAACGUGCACAAACGGCGAAAUACCGGUCGUCGUCCUACCUUCUCCGUCAGACUACUCCUGGGCCUGUAUCGGUAGCAACAAGAGGAAAACAAACUCUCAUUGCAGCAGGCUAUCACUGCCUCACUAUUCACUGGGGGCUUGAGGCACAUCUGUUGGACAUACCACGUCGUGCUUUUGACGAGCUUCUACAGUCUCCUGCCAGUCUAAGAUCGUUCAAACUUCCGCCUCACUCGAUGGCUAAUCCCUCUUCGGAAGUUAAAAAUCUCACUAUCAUGGCCGCAUUCAUAUCCUCCGAAAGAGUCUUUCUCCUUAUUGACCAUUCAAGACUGAUACGGUUUUAUGUAACAAGCAUCGAUCGGAUGUGGACUCAGAACGAUUUACGUGCUGGGUCUGAGUGGUGGGACCGCUUGUGGGAGCCAUUUGAAGCUGGGCCCGACUGGAUCAGAGAGCGUGAACUUUCAGAAAAAGGUCUUCUCCGUUGGCGUUCUGAUAUCCAGAGGAACUCGGAUCUUCAUCGAAAAACCAUCCUGGAGUGCAUGUCUGCUAAAGAUGGUGGCAUCAAAAACAAUGGUGAUAAAGACGGUGGUACUGAUAGGGUCUUUGCCCCUUUUGGACGGCAUCUUUGCAACGAUGCUCUGCAUGUUCUUGGCAUUUUUCCAGGCAUGCCUGCCAUUGAAAUCUGUGAGGAUGACGAGAAAUUCGAAGCGUUCCAUCAAGGCCUCUUUGAAUACAUCUCACAGUUCAAUACACCCGACAACAGCUGUGAGAACUUCCUCGCUUUCCAGGAGGGUGUCGAUGCAAAAUAUUCUGCAAGAUACAUGCAGGUAUUUCGUAAGGCGGUUGUUAAUGUCCCAGUUAGCCUUUACAAUCGUAUUUCUUCCUUGGGUUUACUGGAUCCCAACCACCACAUAGGUGGAGACUACGUUCCUAAUGAUGGGAUACUCAUCAAAGAAGGUGACCAUACAUUUGUAAAGGUGCCUGUAUAUCACCGGGGUAAACCACUGGAUGUAUACACCGUGAUCCGUGCAAAGCCACCAUCACAUUGGGUGAGCGGCAGGGAGCGCAAUGCUCGAGACCAUCGGUUCGACGGGUACAAAAGUACUGUUGGACCCGCCAACUUCCACAACCUAAAGGCAAACAUGACCAACCCGCACGUCGCCUUGGCUGAUUCACUUGGAAAGCCAGGACGAAAACCCAAGCUCAAGAAUGCACCUGGGAAAGCUGGUCGGCCCCGGAAGGUUCCUUCCGUUGCACAGCUUAUUCAGAAGGCACGACUACAAGAAAACAUAGAAGUUGAAUCGCAGUCAGCCCGCGAGCGCUUUGCGAAAAUGUAUGGUCUUGAAGAUGAGGGCUACUGUCUAGAGGACGAUGUCCCUGUACAGACUUCACCAUCCAACUUGGAUAUGGCCCUCAGUAACCAGCGGAUAACUAGGAGCACGACGAAGAUGGUAGCCGGGAAUGACGGCCUAGGACCGGGUUUGAAUAGCAAUCCACCAGAGAAGAAAAAGAGAAGGCUCGAAAACAAAGAAAACAUUCCACCUGCCGAAGAGAACGCGAGGAGAAGUAAACGGGCGAAGAAGUUAUAAUAUAUGCCAAGGAGAUGUCUCAUUCUAUGACUGUAUAUACUAGCUGCUUGAACGUAAUUAACGACGUAACCAAGGGCCA